ACGACACUGAGUGAAUCGAAAUGAUGGCGCAGGAGCAAGCGCUGUUGUCUCCAAUGCCGAUUGCCUUCUCGAGGAAGCUCAGCAGUAGCUCUAGCUUCUCCGAAAAUACUCCACGAGACCCAGAAGAACUGUCAGAUCGAUCUUCCUCGACGGAGAAUCGCAGAAGUCUCACCGACGCCCUUGGCGAUAUCAUUGCGGGAAACCGCAGAAGUGGUUUGUCCUUCCCAAAGAUGGGAAGUUGGCGUAAAGGAAACGGCAACAAGUAUGCAGAGAACGGAGACCUUGAUUACCUCAUCCAAAACUCGGACAACUUAAAUUUCUCGACGGACGCCAUGGAUUUAGCCGCUGCCAAUGGACACUUGGAUGUUUUGCAGUGGCUACAUGUCCACCGAACUGAAGGUUGCACGACGAAAGCGCUUAACAAAGCUGCUUCAAAUGGUCGCAUUGCUGUUGUCACGUGGUUGCAUUUGAAUCGCAUGGAAGGCGGCACUUCGGAAGCAAUGGACGGAGCUGCCGCCAAUGGACACCUCGACGUUCUCAAGUUUCUGCACAAGCAUCGCCACGACAAGGAAAGCUGUACUUCAGCGGCGUUGGACCUGGCUGCAGCCAACGGCCAUCUAGGCGUCGUGGUAUGGCUACAUUUCAAUCGACCCGAGGGAUGCACUACCUCGGCCAUGGACAACGCAGCCCUGAAUGGUCACGUGGAGAUUCUUAACUUUCUUCUGGAACAUCGAAAGGAAGGCUUUUCGAACCCCUCGACGACACUGAUGGCACUGGUGAAAGCUGGAGACCUGACGACAUUUGUGUGGAUGGCCGACCAUGCGUGCGAUGAUUUGCAGUACUUUUCCAUGAUGGACGUAGCAGUUGCUGAGAACCAGCUCGACAUUCUCACUUGGAUUUAUGAAAAGAAGCACGGGUUUUGCAGCCGUGCGGUUCAGAAGAAGGGCAAUCCGGCAGUCCAAGCAUUUCUGAAAGCGAGCUUGCACACGCAGUACUGGGAAGCGUCGCACCCGAUCGACUAUGCGGCCUCGCAGGGCUUCCUCCUCUUUGUCGAGUACCUCCACAACUCGCAGCAGCCCGACCUGGCAACCGAGAUGGCCAUGAACGUGGCUGCAACCAAUGGACACUUGGAAGUGGUGAAAUUUCUGCAUGAGUCGCGAAAUGAGGGUUGCACGACCGUCGCGAUGGACGGCGCGGCCACGAACGGCCACUUAGAAAUUGUGCAAUUUCUGCACGAACACCGCUCUGAAGGCUGUACGGUCAAAGCAAUGGACAUGGCGGCGGACUACGGGCAUUUGGACAUCGUCAAGUUUCUCCACACUGAACGCACCGAAAGAUGCUCGCCCUAUGCGCUGAAUGCCGCUGCCAGCUCUGGUCACUUGGAUGUGGUCCAGUACCUGGCAUCCAACCAAUUGGGUGAACCGUUCCUGGCCAUUGAUUUCGCCGUGCAACAUGGACACCUUGGUGUAGUCAAGUACCUCCACGAAGAACAUGGGGCCAUGUGCGAAAAGUCGAUAUUCGACCUGUGCUCUGAUGCUGCAACGAAAGAAUACCUUCAAAACGACACGAAACACCCUGCAUUGUGGGAGAUGGAGCCUCUCGACUUUGCAGCCGGCGAAGAUCGACAGGACCUCAUCGAUUGGUACGUCCGAACGGGCCACUCCAUCUACACCACCAAAGCGAUGGACCGUGCAGCUGCAAACGGACUCGUGGACGUGGUAAAGCGGUUGCACGAUACCCGGACGGAAGGGUGCUCUGUAGAAGCGAUGGAUUAUGCGAGCGCCAACGGUCAUUUGGCUGUUCUCAAAGCCUUGCACGAGCUGUAUGGCAACCAUUACACCUCGUUAGCGCUAGAUUUGGCGGCGGGAAAUGGCCAUUUGGACAUCUUGGCCUGGUUCGAGGCCACUGGCGACCCAACCAUUCACCCGACCUCGAACGCCAUGGACUGGGCAGCGCGCAACGGCCAUAUCGAUGUGAUGGAAUACUUGCACGAGCGAGGCGCAGAGUGCUCCCCGAAGGCACUCGACUUGGCGGCGAAGAUGGGCCAUCUCGACAUUGUGAUCUGGCUACACAUCACUCGCGGCAUCGUUGCAACCCCCUCGACGAUGGACGCGGCGGCGUCUGGUGGCCACUUGGAGAUUGUCCAGUACUUGCAUUCGACGUUCCCCGGCACCGAGUGGUCGAGCAAGUCGGUGGACUUUGCGUUGAAGGGCGGUCACGUUGAGAUUGCUGAGUGGUGCUUGGCCCACGAGAUGCCCAACUCAAGUGCCACGAAAGACUUGGCGGCGAAGAAGGGGAGUCUAGCCCUCGUGCGCCGCUUUCUCAACGCUCAAGACGAACCUGUUUCGUACCUGUGCGACGGAAUGGAGGCGGCGACUCAAAACGGCCACUUGGACAUCGUCGAGUACAUCCACACGACGCACAAGUUGUUUGUACUUCGCAAACCGUACAAGAAGGCAGCUAAGAGCAAACACACGACCGUGUGCAAGUACCUAGAGGCGACACACGUCGCGUUCUGGGACAAGAAUGCGGUCGACUUCGCCGCGAGCCAAAACAACUUGGCAUGGGUCAAGUGGCUGAUGGGAAAGAAGAAGGAGAUGGCGUCGGCGGCCGCGAUGGACGAAGCGGCCGCCAACGGUCAUUUUGAAAUGGUCCAGUGGCUUCACGACAAUGGAUGCUCGUGCACGACCAACGCCAUGGACGCGGCUGCGGCGCUCGGAAGGCUCGACAUGGUGGCAUGGUUCCAUGAGAAUCGAGCAGAGGGCUGUACGACGGACGCGAUGGACCUGGCGUCCCAGCACGGCCACUUCGACGUGAUGCGGUGGCUACACCUCCACCGGGAGGAGGGAUGCACGGCGUACGCGCUUAACAUUUGCGCGGUCACCGGUCGACUGGACAUUCUCCAGUGGCUCUCAGAGAUUAUAAGCGUUUCGACCAAGUCUACAUCGUCUCGCGCACUCCUAGCCGACCCCGACGACGAUGAAGAGGACGACUUUGACCCAGACUUAGACCCGUCCGAAGUCGAAGCGCUCAAGGCCCUUCCACAGGACCAGCCGCAGCUUACGCGCCGCGGUACGGAAGGCACGUUGCAACCGCCUGCACCGACCUCGGCGUCGCGUUUCAAGCUCAAGUCCGAUUCGACGGAAAUGCUGGACCUCUCGAGCGAACACGGCCACUUGGACAUGGUGAUCUGGCUCACGGAGCAGACUAAGAUGAUGGCGUCGACAAACGCGAUGGACAAGGCCGCCAUGAACGGUCAUUUGGAAGUCGUGCGGUAUCUACACAUGAGGCGCCUGGAAGGAUGCACUUGCCGCGCGAUGGACUGGGCGGCGGCCAACGGACAUUUGGAGGUUGUCAAGUUUCUAUCGAUGAACCGAACCGAAGGAUGCACGACGCGGGCGAUGGAUCUCGCGGCCAAGUUUGGCCACUUGGAGGUGCUGCAGUGGCUGUAUGACAACCGCGACGAGGGAUGCACGAUGGCUGCGAUCGAAGAAGCGACCAAGAACGGGUUCCUAGACAUCGUCAAGUGGUUGUACCAAGAGUGCGACGAAGGCAGCGUCCUGAACGUGAUCGACUACGCCGUCACACAGGGCCACGCCGAGAUUGUCAAGUGGCUGCACGGAGUCAAGAGCGAAGAGUGGUCCCAAGCUGCGGUUGACGUGGCGCGUCAGAGAAAGCACACGGCGGUGCUCGAAUACGUCGACAGCUGGCUGUAGAAGACCGCAGCAUCGCUGCACCGUCGGCGUAUUUAACAACUUUAUACGACGGGGUCCGUUUCGCGAUUGCAAAAGGUGCCUUUAUAAGUUAGAGGAUCGUGCAGAGCCCACAACAGUUGGCCGACGCCGGGUUUUGCGCCUGGAACGCUUUUUGAUGCUGCCGCUCGAGAGUUUCCUUGGUCACCGUCGCGCCGACACUCCCGUAGAUACCUUCCAACAUUUUUUGGUUAGGUUGGAAUGCCAACCGAGACAUUACCAUGGCCAGCUUGGAAACUAUACUGCGACGGCUUUGCUGGGUCUUGGGGCGCGAACGCCAGUCGCUCCUUUGUGUACUGGUUCUCGUACGAGUACUCUCCUGGUCGAGUGCGGGACAGUACGCGGCGCCACCCAGGCGGCAAUCGCGGCGUCUGGCCCGUGGACGACGAGGACGGAGGCGUCAAAAGUCGACCCACCGGCACGAUGAUGCGUUUGAAUGCUUCCACGACAUUUGUCGAGUCCAGCGCAGACGCUUCUACAAACUCCAUGUGGUGCGUCUCGGCAAAACGCGCGGCUUCGAGAGUUGACACUUGACGGGUGUUGGGGACAUGGGCGAGGUCGCAUUUGUUGCCUACGAGGAUGAGCACAACGUUCUCAUGCGCAUGUUCUCGGAUCUGCGCCAGCCAGUGGGUCACGUGCUCGAACGAAUGGCGAUCCGUGAUGUCAUACACCACCAACGCCCCAACGGCAUUUCGAUAGUACGCAGCCGUAAGGGACUGGAAACGUUCUUGUCCCGCGGUAUCCCAUAUUUGGGCCUUGAUACGACGGUCCCCCACUCGAAUUGUCUUGGCGGUGAACUCAAACCCGAUCGUUUGUGUGCUUGCUUCGUUGUACUUGUUCUUCGUGAAGCGCUGGACCAAGUUGGACUUGCCAACGCCAGAAUCUCCGAUGAGGACGACCUUAAGAAUAUACUCCUGCUCGGACUCGGGCUUGCUCGACGUGCUGCUGGCGUCUGUGGCAGUGCCCGACAGCGGCGGGUGGCUCUCGUCCGACAUGGGCUGCUCGUUCUUCGUUUGACACAGGAAG